AUGAAUACUGUUAAGAUAAACUGUAACGCUUCAUGGAUUUCAGAACUUACUAAUGCUGGUUUUGGUCUUGUUCUACGUAACUCUUCAUGUACCUUUCAAGCAGCAGAAUGCGGAUGGUGCAGGACCUUCUCAGCCCAAGAGGCAGAAGUUGUAGCUCUGCUAAAGGCGGUGCAAUGGGCCAUCAGAUAUAAUAUACAAAAUCUGGCGAUAGAAGGGGAUAACAAGGAAACCAUACGGUACUUACAAGGAAAGCUAAUCACUGUUAACUGGCAAUGCUUAGCAAUCUUGGAAGAGGUUAAACUGGUAGCAUCUGAAUUAGUUUCUUUUAUAGGUUUUCAGUACGUAGAUAGACGCGCAAACAAAGUGGCAGAUUUGUUAGCAAAAGAAGGGCGAAGAUCAAGUAGCACAGACUUUUGGACUGAUCAAGCUCCUAGCCUUUUAUUUCCUGCAAUUGCUUUUGACACUGUCAAAGCAUAUGAAGAUUAA